CAGCGCGCCGCCGGCCAUGGAGGACAGCAGCGGCCGGCGCGCGCCCCACGCCGACGCCGUCAACGCCACCGACGGCCCGGCCCUCAACGCCACCGGCGCCGGCGCCGACUACUACGACUUGUGCGGCAGCGUCGAGUUGGACGCGGUGCAGAGCGUCGCCGUGCUGCUCAACCUCUACUACAUCCCGGUGCUGUGCGUGGUGGGCUGCGCGGGCAACGUCGCCUCCGUGCUCGUCUUCUUCGGCACCAAGCUGUGCAAGCUCAGCUCGAGCUUCUACCUGGGCGCGCUCGCCGUCAGCGACUCGCUGUUCCUGCUGGCCGUGCUGGGCGCCUGGGCCCUCAGCGUGCUGGAGCUGGCGCCGAGCGCCGCCUACUGCAAGGCGACCGUCGCGGCGUCCAACCUGUGCAGCCUGCUGAGCGCCUGGCUGGUGGUCGCCUUCACGGUGGAGCGCUUCGUGGCGGUGCGCUACCCGCUGCGGCGGCCCGCCGUCUGCACCGUGGCGCGCGCCAAGUCGGUGCUGGCCGCUCUGACGGCGCUCGCGCUCGCCGCCACCGCGCCCAGCCUCUUCUUCGUGACGACGGUGCGCGGCCCCUGCCGCCAGAUGUGCGGCAUCGCCGACGACUGGCUCGCCGUGGCGCGCGUGCUCAACGAGGUGGACACGUUCGCUUCCAUGGUGCUGCCCUUCACGGCCAUCGCGGCGCUGAACGCGGCCAUCUGCGCCACCGUGUGGCGGCUGGCGCGCGUCCGCCUGUCCAUGACGCGCGGCCGCCGCCGCAGCAGCAGCCUCGCGCACCAGCCGCCGCCCCGGGCCUCCACCGCCGACAGCUCGCAGACCAAGGUCACCAAGAUGCUGCUCGUCGUCUCCUCCGUCUUCCUCGUCCUCAACCUGCCCUCCUACGUGCUCAGGAUCAUCGCCUUCAGCCAGUCGCCGGAACUCACUGACUCUACGGGGUGGCUGUUGGCGGCGCUGCAGCACGUGGCGAACCCUCUGUUCUACACCAACUUCGGCAUCAACUUCGCGCUGUACUGCGCCAGCGGGCAGAACUUCCGACGCGCGCUCGCCGCCAUGUGUUGUCCGAGGCUGCUCCGGCGCCGCCGUCCCGACUCGACGCAGGGCACAGUAUCGGAGUUCUACCUGCGGCCGUCAGGUUCCGGGGGUCGGCGGCGGACCGUCACCAUCAACGGCUUCCAGGCGGCCGGCUCGUGGCGCGACGCCCACGAGAUGCUGCCGCUGACCAAGUGAACUCCGGGCGGUCUGUCCCGUGCAGCCUUCGCCACUCCCCAUCCGCUUCCAGAAGUCAUCUCCGAUAUCUACCGCCUGUGCAUUGAUACUCAAUGUACAGCACUUCUGCUGGUGACAAUUUUACUCUUUUACAUGCGCUAUCUUCCACUUCCCCUACGCGAUACACAUCUUCCACACAUAUCGACGUACCAGCAACUACAUUCUACAAUAUCGACAAACUGAAAACCACCGCCGUCCACCUUAUCUCACAGACUCAAACGCUCGAGUUGAAAAGGUUCGCCGGCGUGUGUACAAAGAAAGAAAUGUCGCGCAGCUACCAGCAUCGGUCUAACCUUUCCUCGUGACGUCACUUAGCCACUCACGUGCCGGUGUUGCUGCAAAUUGAUCAAGUCGGUCCCAUGAGGUAGAACGGUCCGAUUCCAACGCUUCUGUGACAUGUCAUAUCGAGGUGGCUGACGAAAAUAGAGCCUAGAAUCCCCGCGAUAGCAGCCAGCAUUAUUAGGCAUCGGUGGCUGUGCCCAAUGCGGCGCUCUUCCCACGUCUCUUGCCGUUCAAACAGCUCUUCGCGAAACCUAUUACGCCGUCACAAACUAAAAGACUGGACACCUGUAGAACACAAGUUAGGAAGACGUAAGUUAAGAUCCAUAUUAAUUCCUUACAAGAGACAAAUUUUUCUGAGACAGCUUCUUGCAUUAUUUUACUGCCGAUAUGUCCGAAUAAAUUCGCUACGUACGAUGUAUUACAGCUACAAAACUUUUAAAUAGUUUUACUUUUUUAACCAUUGGUAAUUCACGCAACAGAAAAUUUUCCCUCUGAACACUGUAACUGAUGAAGCUCUUCAGGGGCGUUCAUGGAAACGUACGAUUCCUACUUCACAAUAGAGAAGCAAAUAAAAACUAUACUUACCGUGACGUACAAAAUGUGCACAGUAUAAAUAAGAGAGAAUCAACUCACUCAUGAUGCUAUACUUUGUACUCAGAGACGAAAUAUUAUCACUACCGAAUGAAUUUCACACCCCUAUAACAUCACGGACCUAGUAGUUAAUCCUAAAAGAUGAAUUUCUUUGUACUAUACCUGGAUACAGCCCGAGUGGUAGAAGGAACUACACCUCCUUUACCUUCAGGCUAAGGAAAAGUUUUGGAACACCAGUUAUAUACCGGCUCCACUUACGUUACAGAGCUUUCACUACAACAUACCCAUCGAUAGUGACCUUUCUUACACCCGGUCACUGCUAAAUAUGCAGAGAGAAUUAAUGGAAAAUAUGACCUACAUCAAUAUAGGAAGAAAUGUUUCAGAGAUAGGAGUAUCAAAUGCUUCUAAAACGUUUACACAGAUUAUAAACACGGGAUGUACGUCAACAUAAGUAAACUAUUCACGUCUAGUUGGUCCAGCUAAACACAGUAUUCAACGGACAUGAAAAAUACAGGGGAAAACAGAUCAUUUUUAAAACACACAUACUGUACUCUGCCCACUUUUAUAUUUACCUCAAAAUUUCUUGUUCAAAACAGACAGCUAUUUUAUAUCAGAAUACGCUUACAAUGAAUGCCAUUUUCGAACAUUUACUUUUUCAAAGACUACUGUGUUUCGUUUUAUGAAGGUAGCUUCAUAAAUCAAGCGACGCAGCCGUGCUUUUCCUUAUGAUGACAAAGCUGUUGGUGGACUAGGCUGCAAUGAAAAAAUAGGUAUUGUAAUGUUACUAAGUCAUGUACAAAGCAUUUCAUUCAAUAUUGUCUGUGUGUUUGAGUGAUAUUAUGUAAGUUUAUAAAAAAGUCAUGUAAUACCAUUCUUUUACAACCAAAGUAUUUUAAAAACCUUUGCUCCUCAACGUUCUAGUCAAUAAUGAAGCGUGAUAAUUAUUUAAACAGAUAUACUUGAUCUAUAUUAUCUUUUAUUUUUGUUCUUUUGAAGUGUGUAUAUUGUAUACAAAUUCUUGUUCACCUAAAUUUCAAUGUAUAUAAUUCUUCGUAAUAAAAUAAUUAACUUAAA